CCUUUCUUUCUUACAACUUACAACCUCACUUCACUCUCACCAACCUCUCCUCUCUCUACUUCUACCUCCUCAUCCACUACGAAAAACAAACAAUAACAAAACACCACAUUUCACAAUCACCACGCGUACGCAGCCUCAAUCGCUGAAUUCACCCGAUCAAGUCACGUCAGAUCUGGGAACACAGAAACAAUUUCCCCAAGCUGCUCAACACUUCAAUCUUGAAUUUCUCACUUCGGUGAACACUUAGACCUAUACCCUUCAAUCUCACCUUCGCCAUGUCUGAAGGCGAUGUUGUCCCCACCGCAGGCCCCGUGGUCGUCGAGGCGCACGAGGUUGUAACAUACCCACCACCCACGAAGUUGUUUGAGAAGCACCCCAGCAAGCCCCAUAUCGAUGGCAUGUCGCAAUACGAGUCCAUGUACAAAGAGUCCAUUACGGAGCCAGAGAAGUUUUGGGGCAAGCACGCUCGCGAGCACUUGACCUGGUCGAAGGACUUCCAGACCGUCCACAGCGGCAACCUGAACAACGGCGACAACGCGUGGUUCGUGGAGGGCGAGCUCAACGCCUCAUACAACUGCGUCGACCGCCAUGCGUUCAAGAAUCCAGACAAGGCAGCCAUAAUCUACGAGGCUGACGAGCCAAACGAGGGCCGCACCCUGACCUAUGGCGAGCUUCUCCGCGAGGUCUGCAAGACCGCACACGUCCUCAAGCAGAUGGGCGUCCAGAAGGGCGACACUGUUGCUAUCUACCUCCCCAUGAUUCCGGAGGCACUUGUCGCAUUCCUUGCCUGCGCGCGUAUCGGUGCCGUUCACUCGGUCGUUUUCGCUGGCUUCUCGUCCGAUUCCCUCCGGGACCGUGUCAACGACGCCAAGUCCAAGGUUGUCAUCACCAGCGACGAGGGCAAGCGUGGAGGAAAGGUUAUUGCCACCAAGAAGAUUGUGGACGACGCACUCAAGCAGUGCCCAAAUGUCACCGGCUGCCUGGUCUACCAGCGCACCGGAGCCGACGUCCCAUGGACCACCGGUAGAGAUUGGUGGUGGCACGAGGAGGUCGAGAAGUGGCCCGCCUACAUUGCCCCAGAGCCAAUGAACUCAGAGGAUCCUCUGUUCCUCCUCUACACCUCGGGUUCCACUGGUAAGCCAAAGGGUCUCAUGCACAGCACCGGUGGUUACCUUCUUGGUGCGGCUAUGACUGGAAAGUACGUCUUUGACAUGCAUGACACCGACAAGUUCUUCUGCGCUGGUGAUGUUGGAUGGGUUACUGGCCAUACCUACGUUGUCUACGCCCCACUGCUCCUUGGUAUUGCCACGGUUGUCUUCGAGGGAACCCCCGCCUACCCCAACUUCUCCAGAUACUGGGAUACCAUUGAGAAGCACGGCAUCACUCAAUUCUACGUCGCGCCCACCGCCCUGAGACUGCUCAAGCGCGCCGGCGACCAGCACAUCACCGCCCAGAUGAAGACCCUCCGUGUCCUCGGAACGGUCGGUGAGCCAAUCGCACCUGAUGUGUGGAAGUGGUACCACGACACCGUCGGAAAGAAGGAGUGCCAGGUUAUCGACACCUACUGGCAAACCGAGACCGGCUCCCACGUCAUCACCCCGCUUGCUGGCGUUACCCACACCAAGCCUGGAAGUGCCUCCCUCCCAUUCUUCGGCAUCGAUCCUGCCAUCAUUGACCCCGUCUCUGGCAAGGAGGUCGCUGGCAACGAUGUUGAGGGUGUUCUCGCCUUCAGGAACGCCUGGCCUAGCAUGGCUCGCACUGUCUGGGGCGCGCACAAACGUUACAUGGAGACUUACCUGACCGUGUACCCAGGAUACUACUUCACAGGCGACGGAGCCGGACGUGACCACGACGGCUACUACUGGAUCCGCGGACGUGUCGACGAUGUCGUCAACGUCUCCGGCCACCGUCUCUCCACCGCCGAGAUCGAAGCCGCGCUCAUCGAGCACGCCGCUGUCGCCGAAGCCGCCGUCGUCGGCGUUGCUGACGACCUCACCGGCCAGGCUGUCAACGCUUUCGUCUCCAUCAAGGACGGCAACGAGAUCAACGACCAGCUGAAGAAGGACCUCAUCCUGCAGGUGCGCAAGAGCAUUGGCCCAUUCGCGGCACCAAAGACUAUCAUCAUCGUCACCGACCUGCCCAAGACCCGUAGUGGAAAGAUCAUGCGUAGGAUCUUGAGGAAGAUUCUGGCGGGCGAGGAGGACUCGUUGGGAGAUAUCACUACUCUCUCCGACCCCACCGUCGUCGAACAGAUCAUCCAAACCGUCAAGAGCGGCCGCGCCCAGAAGUGAUUCAUCCCCCCCCGUGAAUAUGUGACGGAGACGCCGGGCAUAUAAAAUUUGCGAUACACGCACACACUGUUGAUGCAUGGUUGCCCCCGCGGGGAAGUUAACUACGAUCUUAACUGCAAGAGGGAACUAACCCGCUGCAUGCGGGGAUGCCGCCGAAACGAUGGGAUGUUUUUUAUCGGUUGUUAUGGGAUGUAAGGACGGCUGAUUUUUACGGAAUUUGUGGUACUGUUGUCGGAUGGAACCCAUGGGUCGGUCGGGCGCUCGAUCGGCGCUGCGACAAUUUUUCUGAAGAUUGUGCUCGUUAGGUAGUCUAGAAUAGUCAAAUGAUGAUUCUAAAGU